GGUCUAUGAUAUCACACUUUCGCCAUUUUCUGGACAAAGCGCACCAAAUUACACCCAUUCUGGGCACAUUCCUCUCGUUAGAGGGAGAUCCGGACAUCGUAAAGGAUUCACAAUGACAAUCCUCCCCAAGAAGAAGCCUCAGCAGCAGUCUGGAGCGGCGGAGGUGGAGGCAGGAGAGGCUUCUUCGUCUGCGAGCCACCAACACCAGCUGCCAAUAGGAUCUUUGCCCAAUCACAUACAGACUGGUGAGGCCACAAGGUAUCUAUCUUCUUCGUCACCUCCACCUUGUUGGCCUCCCCCGCCCCCCUCAGCCACACCGAGGGAGGAGAAAAGGCCAUCUCAUGCGUCACCUACACACUUCGAGGAUUCACAUGAGAGUGGCCCUUCACACAGCAAGCGGCGAUACAGGUCAUUGAAGGAUGCACAGACUAAGCCUUUCUCUCCUAAUCAUGUUAAAUUGAACAUGGAGUUAGAAAUGGUUAGGGACAAAUGGGAGAAGGUGUGGGAGUAA